CAGCUCCUUAUUAUUUUCCGCGAACGUCGCUAACUUUUAAACCUCGCACGCUUGAUCCCGCGUUGUUGACUGCAUACGAUUUGACCUAGAAUUUCAUUAUUCAGCUCCGUCGAAGGCACCACGUGGUUGAACCGUUUCAUGUCACCACUUAUUCUAUUAAUGUCCUCUGUUCUCAUUGGUUGAAUGAUAUCCCGUACCGUUUCGUUUUUCGCUUACCAGGCCUGAAUAUUCAUAGUAGGGGAAUGUAAAAGUCUUAAGCGUCUCUAUUACCUCGACGGCUGUAACGUAAGAAAAUACUAAAAAUUAUCAGCUAGUCGAUUCAGUUUUGGAAACAGAAAAAGUUAUGGCAUCGGGCGGAAUACCAAGUCGAAAACAAGCGGUGAUCUUUAGUAGAACGUGUCUAAUUUUGGAAGAUGAGGAGAAACAAGCAGAGCUCAACCAAGCGAUUGAAACUCUAAAAUCCAACCAUGAAUUUGAUUUGUACUAUACAUCACAUAGUUCGCCAGAAGAAUCAGGCGCACUCCCAGAAGGAUUGCAGCUAAGUUUUUUAAGACGGGGCAGUGAGCUGCGAGGUUUUAUCAUGAAUACCUCAAGUAGAGGUGAAGUUGUAAUAAUAUGUGGUGCUGUGGAUAAGGAUCUGCAUGUGGCAUCAACCACAAAGUCGUUUCUCAUUGCUGCUGGGUGGGUAGGUCUAGAGCCCCUGGUUGUGAAAUAUGGGAUACCAGCACCCACACCAGCAAAGAUGACAGCAAUUCUCCAAAUAGUAGCAAAUCAGACCAGCUGGUACUAUCGGUGUGCCUUCAAUGAUCCUGUACCAACAAAAGUGGUUUCUCUUUGUCUGGCAAACACAUAUACAGUCAGUGACGAUGAAAAAGCUAUGGCAGAGGCCUUUCAGGCCAUCUUGAAAGAUGAUAACAAUAACCCAGUGAUCAAGCAGGCUCUAAUCUGCCACCUAAUGGCAGCUAUUGCUCAUGAUCAUGACUUUAGAGAUGUUCAAAACUGGGCAGUAGCCCCAUCCUCUUCAACAAACCCCCCACAGAGUAUGGAAGAAUUGAAAGAGCAUGUUAGAUACAUGAUGAAUGGACGGAAGCCUGAUGCAAUAUUCUCCAGGUACAAAGCAACAAGCAAAUCAAGGUUUGAUGGAAGAGAUCGCAGACAGAGUAAUGACUACUGCCAAAAGCAUUUUAAAUCAAUACAUGUGAGUGACAAGUAUCGCAAAAAACUAAAGGAUAGGGUUGUCUGUGUGUUUGAUGACUAUCUCACACAAGGCAAUACUUUUGAGGCAUUACGGAAUCUCUUAGUUGAAUGCCAAAUAAAACAAAUAAUCUUUGUUUCCAUUGGAAAGUUUAAAACAAGGUAUGAAACCAAAUACAAGCAAAGAUCCUUUUCAAUUAAUGGUGAUGUGUACACAGAAGAUUACACAGCAGAAUUUAAAUCCUCUGUACAACACAAUGUUCAGUUCAAUGCUGAUGCUCAGCGAAGCCUUCAGCAUCUCAAGGAGCUAGCCAACUAUUUAAGGUGAAUCCAAGCAGAACUCUUUCAACUAAGUUUAGCAGGCAGCUUGUGUAGAUUUAUUAAGAUGGCCUUUAAGUCAUGCUAUAACCUGAGAAGCUCUUGUGACACCCUCUUGCUUAAACAACCCGGAUUUAAAUCUAAAGUGACACUUGGUGACAGGUCGUUUACUUGCGCAGCACCUAAACUCUGGAAUGCAUUACCAUUCGAAGUUAGAAACUGUAAGUCAUUGGAUAUUUUUAAGUCAAAGUUAAAAACAUACCUUUUUUGUUUAGCAUUUUUAUCUUAGCCUGAACACGAUAUUAGAGCAGUAUUAGUAGAACAUUAGUAUUUGUAUGUAUUUCUAGUAUUUAUUUUAUUUUAUUUUGAUAGUUGUAUUAAUUAUUACUGUGUUAUUUUAUUGUGAAGCGCAUUUGAACAUUGUAUGGAAUUUGUGCUAUACAAAUUAUUAUUAUUAUUAUUAUUAUUAUUAUUAUUAUUAUUAUUAUUAUUUAUCCUGUCCUUAAUUAUUGUGCUGGCCAUCUUUUUCAUAAAAUUAGUAUUAUGACUUGGUUGUUAUCUUGAGCUUCUUAUGAGUGGAGAAUUUUAUCAGUAAUAUUGUACAAGAAAUUUGUGGCUCCAUAGAGCUUUAGCCUGAUUGUUACCUCUUGUCAGUAAACCUUACUAUUAACAUUAUUAAAGGCUGGUAGUUUCUAAAGAAACUGUUUGGGGCUGCGUUG